AACUAUUAUAUUCACUGAAACGGUAUUGGAAAGUGAUAAUACUAUGAAUAAUUAUGACAACGGGAAGCAAUUUUUUAAAACGUCUGCCCAUAAGAUGACAGGUGAAUUGACAUUUGAGACGUAAAAACAACAUCCGCUGACAAAAAGAAACACGCUGGCUAAAUUCAUUUACAAAAUGUUCGUCUGCAGUAAAUGGGUGUUUAAUUUUUAGUGGAAUUUUAGGGAAUCUUGCGGGAAAUUGGUUAAACCGAACAUGACCUCGAACCUCACUCGCUCUCGGGGAAGCACUUUGAAAAUUUCCGCUUUCGUCUGGAUCGCCCUGGUGUGCAUUAAUGUCGUUGUGACUAAAGGAUGCGACAAUCGACCAGAUAGAGACGAAGUCUUUCAGAAAUCGGGUUGUACCGGUAAUGUGGUUGCAGUACAUUCCGUUUGGACUGAGAUACAAUGUUUGGAUAAUUGUCUUCGUCAUCCUCGCUGUGACAAAUACAUUUUCAAUGGACCAGGAAACCAGACCUGUAAGCUAUUGAAUACUGUUGACAUUGCUGGAGUCGUAAAUUUGCCAACUACGACUGGCGCAUGCGCACCACGUAAUAUAGCAGUUGUGCGACGAUUUCUUCUAGGAACUAAACGCUGCGAUGGAGCUAAGAAAAAUAACAAAGCUAAAACGGAGGAUACAUAAAAGAAAGAUCAAUAGAUGACGCCCUGCAAAUGAGAAGCAUUCACCAAGGAUACGUCGUCUGUAAAUUAUAACUAUAUUUGUACGUAGACCAAAAGAUCGACUUACAAAGGAAAUAGCACACUUUAUGUUAUGUGUACCACACGUAUUAAAGUUAGUUUUGAUUUUUCUGUAGGUAAAUAAUUUUGCUUUGUACUCAAUAGACCAUUUUACAGUUGUCUGUUCAGUGAAAUGGCCUUUGAAUUGCAGCGAGACUGGAGGUGACCUUGUUUUGAUAAAGAACUCAUGACUGUUUUUGUUGUGUAAAUCAAGUUGUUCUUAUAUUAACUAGUUUGUAUUUACACGAGAAAAGCAGAGAGGUCUGUAUCAAAGCCAGGUCACACUCAGCCUCCGUUGCAUUCAUGGACAAGUAACUAAGCACAAAACUGUAAAAUGGCCUAUAACCGGACAGAACGCCUUUAUUUUAGCUUUAAGUGCUUACAGCUUGACUUUCAGUUUGGACUCUAUCAUGUCGUUGUCCCGUUAAGCUUUCCACGUAGUAUCAAGCAUGCCUCUGCCAUUAUUACCUGUGACUCAAAAAGUAACAUUAGCCCACACUUUUGAUUUAAUAAAUUAAGAUGCCUAAGUCAUGUGUCAUACUACCAUAAUUUAAACCAAGACAAGAACUUUUUGAAUACUUGAGAAAUGCAGAAA